UUCCUCUCCCCCCUCCGUGGGCCUCCCCCGCCCGCGCGGUACAGCUGGGCCACUGACGCGGGAGCUGCUGCCUGCCACCGCUGCCGCGUUCUGUUCUCCUCAGCCGGCGACAGUCUCGCUCCCUGCCUCCCGCCUCCUCUUCCCGGAGCGCCGGCCAGCGCCAUCCAGACUAGGGCAAGCGCGGCACGCGGGGCCUCGCCUAGACCCGAGAAACCUGCGGGAGCGCGCAGGCGACGGAGGGGAUCCCAGCGCCACAGAAGCUGCGAGCGCCCCCAUCCCGGAGGUCGCCGCACCGUUCCCCGGGUGAAUCUGCCCCUGGCUGACCUUAGAAUUUUUCUGGUUUUUAAUUUUUUCCUUUUUAAAAUAACUUGGACGGAUAAAAGAUGUGCCAUGGCAGGAUAGCACCAAAGAGCACGUCAGCGUCUGCUGUGGCCUCCGCGGGACAUGGAGUAUUCCUUCCGCUGGUGAUCCUUAGCUCCCUCCUUGGAGAUGGACUUGCCUCAGUGUGUUCCCUGCCCCCAGAGCCAGAGAAUGGGGGCUAUGUCUGCCACCCUCGGCCCUGCAGAGACCCCCUGAACUCGGGCAGUGUCAUCGAGUACCUGUGUGCUGAAGGCUACAUGUUGAAGGGUGACUACAAAUACCUGACGUGUAAGAAUGGCGAAUGGAAACCAGCCAUGGAGAUAAGCUGCCAUCUCAACGAGGACAAAGACACCAAUACGUCACUCGGGGUCCCCACACUGUCCAUAGUGGCUUCCACUGCCAGCUCCGUGGCGCUCAUUCUGCUCCUCGUGGUGCUGUUUGUGCUGCUGCAGCCAAAGCUGAAGUCUUUCCAUCACAGCAGGCGUGACCAGGGGGUAUCUGGGGACCAGGUCUCCAUCAUGGUGGAUGGAGUCCAGGUUGCGCUGCCAUCUUACGAGGAGGCUGUGUACGGCAGUUCCGGUCACUGUGUGCCGCCCGCUGACCCCAGAGUGCAGAUUGUGCUGUCAGAAGAGUCUGGGCCUAGUGGGAGGAACGGGCCGAGGGAGCAGCAGCUGCAGGACCAGGGGGCCUGUUCCUCUGCAGGCGGAGAGGAGGAGGCCCCGGGCCAGUCUGGACUGUGUGAAGCCUGGGGCUCCCGGGGCUCAGAGACUGUGAUGGUACAUCAGGCAACCACCUCGUCCUGGGUGGCCGGCUCAGGGAACAGCCAACUGGCGCACAAAGAAGCCCCCGAUUCAGAGAACAGUGACAUACAAAGCCUUUUAUCCCUCACAUCAGAGGACUACACAGAUGAUAUCCCACUGUUGAAAGAAGCAUGAGGGCUGCCACUUGCCUCUCUCCUCUGCAAUGGUCCUCUCUGCCCUUCCUCCCUCUCCCUGUGGGUUUGAGCACCCUGUGCUCCAGCCACCCUACCCGGACACCUGAGCUGCCACCUGUGGAUCUGUGUAUCUCUGAGAGCCUGCAGACCCACCUCGCUGGAAACUCAAGGAAGAUUCGCCAUCUGCCUGCUGGACAGCUGGAGGAGCUGGAGGAGCUGGCUUUUUGCCUGGCCCGGCCUUCCCAUCCGUGUCAGGGACGUCUUUGAAUGUGCUGGAUUGAACCUUUCCUUUCCCUGAGCCCUCUGGGUCCCCUCCAGCCAGCUCUUUGGCAGCAGCCCAACCAGCCCACAUGGGCCUGAGAGCCUCUGUGUUUACUUGUGCCUUCCCACAAGCCCGUCCAGUUUCCCUGUCACGCAGGCCUGUUGCUGUCCUACAAGCCUUAGUGGCCGCACUGUUGCCCCCUGCCACACAAGGGGCUGGGCUGGGGCUGGCCUGUUUUCUUUGAGGGCUGGCAUCGCUGCCCUUAGCAGAAGCAGAUCCAGGAGAGAGGGCUGUGGAGACAAGAGUGGCUCUAAUUGGAGCAAGAGUUUUGGUCCCUGGGCCUGCCCCUGGUGGCACAUUUCCUUGGCUGAGGAUGGAGGAUGUGGGAAAUCCUACCAAAGCUGUCCCAGCACCUGGCUGUCUAGCUCAGAGGUGCCGCUUCUGGCCCCUGCUGAGUUGAGUUUCCAGAAAACAUCCAGAAGAUCCCAAAGGAGGCCAGUAAGGUGGCUGCUAAUGAACUGUCUUCCUGAUACGCAAGGACUCACCACCUCCUCCAACAGCGACCUUCCUGGCCUCGGUUUUCCUCUUUUCCUGGAGUAUCAGGGACUCUGCGUGCUGCCUCCUGGGUGUUAUCCUGGGCAGCUCCUGCUUCCUUGCUGCCCACAGAGGCCCAAGGGGAAUCAUCCCUGAGAUGCCACGGAAUGCCCAUCUGGUCCCUGGCAGUUGGGGCAGGUUGCCCCGUCUGGGUUCGUGGUGAUGGAGGGAACCUGAGAGGCACAGCCUGAGUCCCCAGGCAGCUGCAGGCAGCGCCAGCCCCGUCCUCACCACAGUCACGUGCCUUAGUAACUGCUCCAGGAAGCAUCCUGCUGCUUGCUGCACUGCUGCUUUUCCUACUUCUGGCCUCGCCUGCCAUCCCCUCCUCCUGUCUCACUGACAGACGGCUCCCUGGUCUCCUCUGGCACCUGGGGGAGGGGCUGAGACCGCCCUCACACUCCCACCUAGCCCGCCUGCGCUGGGUGAAUGGCUGCAAACAAAGCAGCCUGGCUCUGGGCUCUGGGGUGGAAGGAGUGGGCUCCGUGCUCCACAUGCUUCUGCUGGGGUCUCUCCAUCAGCCGUGUCUUAUUCGCUGAUAGGGCUGGGCUGGCAGAGCUCAGCCAGGCUGCUGCCACCUUCAGAAUCUGUGCUAUUAAGUAGUACUUGUUUUUGAAGCGUUGGGGCUGGGAAACUUCAAAGCUGACCCGGUGCUGCACCUCUGCUCCUCCCCCAGCCUGUUUGGGGUGUUAAAAGUAAUAAAGAGCCCAGUGUAUUUUCAGCCCCUGACCAACAGGGUAGCUCCAGGAGCGGGGCCUCGGAGCUGAGGGGAUGGCCUUCUCUCUGCCUCCUGCCGCCACUCACACACGCACUUUACUACCCGCUCAGUCCUGGCCUCUUGCCUCCACUUGCAGUCUUCCUUUCUCUCAGGGUAAGGCCGUGCCUGCCAUGCCUGUUGGCCACUCCCACCCCUCUCCCCUUCCCCACCAGGAGCCCAGACCAGCAUGGUUAGAUGGGAAUGUGGUCAGAGGUGCCAGAACUAGAACAGAAGCCUCUAAGGGAGAUGACAUGUACCAGGGACCUGUCCUUGGCCCCAGAAGAGGCCAUUUCCAGAGAGUGCCUGCCAGCAGUCGCUGGCUCUGGGCCCAUCUGGAGGGUGGGUCCCUAACGCCCCAGCUGCCUCACCUGCAUGGGCUCUCCUUCCCCACGGGGGUACCCUUGUCUUCCUCCAAAACAGAAAGCAGGAGCAGAUGGUGGGGGGUCCAAAGUCUCACUGCUAAACCUGCAGCUUUUAUUUCCAAUCUUCCAAAACCUGAAUUCUAGCCUAGACUGUUUUUUAAAAUAGAAGACCUUACCCUUUUUUAUAUCAUUACUCUGGGGUGGUAGUUUUUUUUUUCUUCCUCUAAGAGACUGCACUUUUUAUUUUAGGUUUAUUCAGCCACAUAGGUUAUCAGCUUGAGCCUUCACAAAAAUGAAAAGCCUUCCUUCUGAAGCUUUCUUCCCUCUCACCAGCCAGCCAGCCACAAAUACUGUCCUGCAGGUCACAAGCCCAGACUUGUGUACCUGGUGGGAAAGAAAAGUCAGGGUAAAGGGGAGCCUCUUCCCCCGCCGCACGUGUCACUGGCUUUGAUGAGCCCCUCCCCAAGGCCCUGAGCCUGUGGGUGCAGGAGCCAAGCCUUGCUGCUGACAGCUGUUAGUUUUCUCCCCCGCCCCCCAAGCUGUUUCUUAGCCAUCAGCCAUGCGCUGCUGUUUCUGGGGCUUCUGGGCUUUGUUCCUUGCAAGGGAUUAGGGACUUCACAGCUGCCUUGAGGUGGGGCCUGGCUGGGAGACAGGUGGUGUCAGGUCGUGGGCUGGUAGGAAAGGGGCUGCCAGAGAGCCUGGAGCAGGUGGGAAAACUGUCCAUAGCCUGGCUUUCCCGGGCUCACCUCUGGGGGAGUCCAGCAGAGGGCUUGUCCAGGAGAAUGGUCAGCACCAAAGGACUUUUAGAAAGGUAUUUUUUUGCACACGUGAGCUGACUCCGUACAGGUUUUAUAUCCUGGCAACUUGUAGUCACAUUCCAGCGACUUACAAGGACCAGUAUAUGAUGAAAAUCACUUAAAAUUUCCAUCCCUUUCAAUGCCUCAGUUUAGCAUGUAGGCUCUAUCUUUUGCCAUUUCUGAAUUUUUUGUGCCGUGUUCCCAUUUCACUCUGUAAACUGAAAUGAGCUGAAUCCUGGCCACUUUGAGUCUUUUGGUUGAUUAAGGCAUUUCAGUGUGCGUUCUACUAUUUGCAAACAGAACUGGAACUAAGGUUAUCCUCCCUAUUCAUCUUGCCCUCGCCACCCCGCACUCCUGCUUUAAGUCCUGUGGAGAAGCUGGAUGACAGGACAGAUAAAGGGAUGCUCUCCCUGCCUCCUAAGUGGUGACACAGGGAUCAAUAGCACUCUCAGCCUUUCCCCUCCGUCUCAGCUGAGCUCUCAGACCACUUGCUUCCCACGUAACAAUGCCACUUCUAUUCCCAGGUUACAUCUUUGCAUCAAGAGUGGAAUAUGCUACAAACAUUUCUUAAUCCUUGCCCCUUUUCUUCCCCCUUAAAGAGAAUAAAGGACCCAGAAGGGAAGUGGUAUACAGGCUUUCCAGCUGAGCUCCAGAUGUGCUUGCUGAGGUCAGGCUGGGAGCUUCUCUGGUGGGGCCUGCGGAGGCUCCUGGCUCUCAGCAUAGGGACAGUCAUUACUGGUGCCCAGUGACUGGCUCGUGGAGGAUUUUGCUUGGCAGAUGGGUGGACUGGGUAGUACAAUAGCUAGUUCCCUGGAGAGGGAAAGAGAGCAGUCUCAGCUUUGCUGGGAAACAAUCUCUGGUUGAAAACCUAGUAGAACUUUGAACAAAAACUCCAAGGUUGAGCCGUGCACCAAGCAGCAAAGCUCUCUAGGGUGGGGUGCAGGGGCAAAGCAUUUGGCUUGCCAAGCAGGGAGGAGAGAUGGACGCAGGUUGUGUGGCUGCCCCCCCCAGCACCCCUGCCCUGGCUUACCACACCACUAUGGAAUUCUUGCGGAAUGGUAUUCAUACAAUGAUUUCUAACGACAUAUGCAUCAGUGACUCUGCAGGAUGUCACUCGGUCAGUUUGGGUUUGCUUAUUUUAUUUGAUAUAUAUAUAUUUUUUUGGUAUCCUGUACAUUGCAGUGGGUGUGAAGAUAGUAUUUUAAUAUUUGUACAAAGUUUAAUUUAAUUUUAAUUGUUCUAUGUAUAUAACUGCAUUUCUAAAUAAUAAAAAAAGAACUU